UAGCAACACCCUCCUAGCAACAGUUUUCUGUGAGGCGAAUGGGAAGCGACUUUGAUCACGCGACCAACACAGAGCUCGUUCCGAAAGUGACAUUUAGGAGCCAGAUUGACACCAGGAAACAGUUCGGUUUUAUACAACUGAUAUAAUAUUACCUCAAAUUUUAUGUUUUAAACCACACUCGAUCGAGUUUUAUCGAGUUUUUGUACUAGAUUUAGCUUGAUUAGCUCGCGUGACGUCAGGUUGAAGUCUCGCGACAGAGCAUCGACGUGAACUCGUGCUAGCAGUUUUUUUUUUAGCCUGCCCAAAACCUUAAACACACUGACACUCACUGGAGUUUUGUUAAUUGUUUAUUUUUAAGGAUUAAUAAUAAAGAGAAGUGCUACGAAGCUAUGUUUAUGAAUGUGUAACAAGACAUCUUAAAACAUUCGUAAGUCUAAUAUAGAGAGAAAAGGCGGCUUAUUGUUGCUAUUGUGAGGUAUUUGAUAGCUAACGUUCAUGUUUUUCUAACGCAGGGAGAGGCGGGGAACAUAACACAUACACACACACACACACACACACACACUGCCUUAGUUUUUGGAUGCAGUCGCGUUACACGGACAAUUCUUUGGGAAAUCUGAUACUUCAGCCUGGAUUUCACUUUCCUGAGGACGACAGAGAGAUUUCGAGGCAUUACAUGGAUUAUCUGUGUUUCAGAGCUCUGUGCUGUAAAGGUCCGCCCCCUCCCAGAGCGGAGUAUGAUGUAGUGUGUAUCGGACUGACGGGUUCCGGAAAGACCAGUCUACUCUCCAGACUGUGCAGCGAAGCCACAGACACUAUCGUACCUACUACAGGUUUUAGCAUUAAAGCAGUGCCGUUCCAGAACGCCAUCUUAAAUGUCAAAGAGCUGGGAGGAGCUGACUCCAUUAAGAAGUACUGGAGCCGUUACUAUCAGGGCUCUCAGGGCGUGGUGUUUGUAUUGGACAGCGCCUCAUCUGAUGAAGAUCUGGAGGCGGCGCGCACGGAGCUGCACUCGGCCCUGCAGCACCCACAGCUCUGCACCCUGCCCUUCCUCAUCCUCGCCAACCAGCAGGACAAACCGGCAGCACGCACCAUUCACGAGAUCAAGAAAUAUUUUGAGCUGGAACCUUUGGCUCGGGGGAAGAGCUGGUUGCUCGAGGGAAGCACGGUGGACAACAUGGACAGUGUGAAGGAGAGCUUCAGCCAACUCAUCAACCUGCUGGAGGAAAAGGACCAGGAGAUGGGCAGGAUAUGAGCUGGGAGUUUUCUCCCAAUCCCAGCAUCCUCCACUCUGGACACUACCGAUCUCCACCUCACCACAGGCGAGAGUGUGCGUGCGUGUGUGUAUAUGUGCGUUUGUGUACGUGUGUGUGUUUAGUCUGACUCCAACACAGCAGGCUGAGAAGCAUACGGAUUCACACAAGUGGGGUUUAUAUCGUAUAUAUUCGAGGUAUGAUACGUUAUAAGGUUCUUGGCGUUAGUACCACAAGUACCCGACAACCUGACUGUCGAUUCGCGUCGUCAGUAAACACGGUUAUAUGUUAUACAUCCUGUGUAAUGCACACCUAGUUGCACAUUGCUACAUAACUUAUAAAGGUAAACACUUUUCCUGGUAUGUAGAAAAACUUUUCUUAUGUAGAUUCUUCUUUUCUAUUUAGUGUGUGAAUGUAUACGCGUGUGUGUGUGUGUGUGUGCGCGCGCAAGAUGAACGUUUGUACUUUAAAAGCCUUAAAGUAUGUGAUAUUUUUUUUCCUCUCCAACCAAACUACAGUGACUUAUUAAACUAUAAAACAGUCUUAAACAGUCACGGCUGUGAAAGUUACCACUUUAUCCCUAAAACCACGAACUAAAAUUCCAAGAUUCCGAGAAUACCGGAAUUCCUCUGCAUGUCUCUCUGGUGUAAUUGUGGGAAUCAUGCAUUGUUCCGGAGGAUUGUUUGAGGUUUAGUGAUACGUUUCAAUGCUGUUUUUCUGUUGUUGUAGUUUUUUUUUCUUCUACUUCUUCUUCUUUUUUUUUCUUUUUUCUUUUACAACCGCAGCAUAUCAAGACGUAUCAAAAUGUUUUGUCUGUCGGAGAUCCGUCGUCUCUCUGUCCCAGUGACUAAUCACGGGAAUGAAUCACCGGAGCGGCGUAGUGCCAGAUACGAUAUCGUGAUCGUAGAAUUAUAAGGUUCUGUUUGAGUUUUCAGAGCAAAGUUUUGACAUUCCGGUUGCAGAAAUGUGAAAUGUACAUUUAGCUGAUCAACGGCGACUACAUUUUAAUGUCACUUUUAAAUUUGCGUUAUCAAAAAUCCGAGGUAGACUUCUGCGAUAAUGAUUUUUACGAUUUUUUUCUUUUUUUUUUUUCUUUUUUCCCCUCCUCACGAUUUUUAAUCAUCCUGAACCGUUUUCGGGUUUAAGGAGAGUAGGCGAGGGUGUAAUAAUAUUACAUAAACAUAACAGUACUUUUCCGAAUUCACCCUUGUACGAAUCGGCUGUCUGAUCUCCGUGUGUUGUCCACGCGCGAAAGGUCUCUGAGCGUAUUUAAUCACGUUGCGAUCAUCAUGCCCGUUAUCUUCAUUCGUAGAUUGUUCGAUUUGCCUGUUUCAAAAAUGUCAUCGAUUUAUUAAUUUUUUCGGCUUCGGGUGCCGUCCGUUUCGACAAUUUUCAGCUGAAAUCGAAUAAAUAUAGCUAGAUAUAGCUACCUAGAUAUAGUCAACGAUAUACUUUUCUAGUGUUGGCGAAGUCUCUGAUACAUCGAUUAGAAUUUAAAGAUUAAAAAUCCCUCUGUGUGACUGCGAGUACGAGAGAAGGCGAAGGGGGCGUGGCCUCCAGGCAGUGUCCGUUGAUAUCGGAGCGUUCCGGACGCUUGUGCGACCGUCAAUCAUUCCAGAUCCGUACGUCGAUCGGCUCCCGUUUUAUCGGGGAGAAAAAGACGUAUUUUUGAGUGAUGAUUCGUACGAGCGUACUCCGAUGGUACGUUCCGGAGCUCCUACAAGCGUCAUUUCUGAACGAUUUUGUAAAAUCAGCGAUUGCAGUAUUGUACGGUAAGUUUUUAUUACUCUACAUCUAAAGAUAAAAGUCGCUUUCCCCUCCGAGAGGCUUCAAGUCUUUUGAACGACAAGACGACAAAGUGAUGAGAUUUCUCAGAUAGAACCUUAAUAAUCCCGAGGUCACGAUGCGUCAACGAAUUCGCCUUCGCUUUUCUACGUCUCGUUAGAUUUCAGUAAAUUUUCUUACUGUCGCCUCUGAUUGUAAAGCGCUCCUAUACUAUACUCAAACCGUCAGUAGUGCCUCUUGUUUAGAUGGAGUGUCCUUCAUCUAAUCCUUUUUUCUUUAUUUAUUUAAAAAAAAAAAAAAAAAAGCUCUGUCUCCCUUCCCACCGUCAAACGUGGAGUGCCAAUCCAAUCGCUUCCCAAUCCAUGGUGUUAUUCCUGUGCCAUUAAUUAUGUUGUCUCUCUAAAACCAAAAGAAAUCCUGCUUAAGCCCUACUGAAUCCUGGGACAUCUAGACUUUGUAGCAUACAUCCAGCAUUUGUACCACUUGAAAACACUUUAAUUGGCGCCUGGCCGAUUUAGCUGCCUUUUUAUAAUUCAUACAAUUUGUACAUUUUGUUACAGACGAUUCUCGUUUUUAUUUUAGGUUUUGUUCAUUUUAGUUUGUUUUCAUUUUGGUUGUUUUUGAAGGCCAUGUGCCUGUCUUUGUACUGGAACAAAUCUAAAUACAUCUAGAACGUUUUAGACCGUGACGGCCGUGAUGUCGGUCGCAAACUGUUAAUUAUGUGUGUAUAUUAUAUAUAUGUGUAUAUAUAUAUAUAAUGUAAUUUAUGCAUAAUUUCCACUGAGCAACAUGAACAAUAAACAGCUGAAGUAGGAGAAAGGAUUAGAAUCUGUGAUGUUUGAUGUUUUAUCGUGAAAUGUUGUUAAAGAAAGUUUUGAAAAAUGUUGACAACUCGAUUCAGUUCUUGCGGAUGCUUCGUACUGCCACGUUAGUUUUCUUCUUCUUUUUUUUUUUUUUCUUUUUUUCUCUCUCUCUAUUUUUUUUUGUGGUCGAAUCAGUAGCCCAGGAUAAACAGCUUGAAUGUCCAUGCUGUCUGGUUUGUUUGUUUUUCCCCCGUUUGUUUCUCAGGUAGCGCAACAGAAAAGCGUUUGCUAUAUUUUCCAGAGAUCAGAAAUUCUAGCCAAUCACGAUCAUCGUUGAGCUCGUGAAUGUGGAAGAGGGCAGAUAGCGCUGUCUUCAGAGAGCGUUACACGGCAUGAGCGGUAUUCAGAAAAUACACUUGGCUUCACGUGUCUCUGAGGAAGUCUUAAAAAAAAAAAGUCCACUAUGCUUCUUAUCGACUUUUGCAAAAGAGAAAAAAAAGUUUUCAUUUGAUACGUAUGCUUGUGGAACUAUACUUACGAAUCGCACACGACGUCGGUCAGACGUAGCGGUCGGAUUCAUUCGAGCGCGCUGAAUGACGGACGCUAUUGUAGUCCGCCUUAAGGUCAUCUAUAAUCUAGUGUGCUCCAAAACAAUGACGAAAUGCGCAUAUAAAUUUAAAGCUCAAAUGUACAGCCUUUUUCUACCACCAAUACGGAUCAACAAUUUUGAUGACAUCAUUCUGCACUUCAGUUUCUGUCCAAUAAAAUGCUCUCUACAAUCUGAAGUGCCCCGCCCCCGACAUUAUAACCAUCUGUCGAGUACGGCUUAGCCAGUGCUGUGAGGUAAGCUAAAAGCUAUUGGUUAUUUAAAGAGGAGGAAGAGCCGCCACUCGAUAUGCCCCACCCUGACUUCCUGUUUAAGUGGAAAUUACUUCGACACAUCGAAUAACGCUUUGUGUUUCAAGGCACUUCACUUCAUGGGGACUUUAAAGAUAUCCAGAGCAAGUAAAGAUGCUAGCCAGGGUCAAAUCAUAUCUUCACCAACGCACAAGACCAAAACAUUGGCCAGCGAUUUGCUGGCGGCGUAAACACAAUAUAAAACUCUUCUUUCUGUGCGUAUAUGGUAAUCUUAUACAUAUGUUUCUCUAGGGUGAGGAAUAACACAUUCAAUCUGGUGCUGUUAUCGGACGUUUAAAUGUGUACAACACUAUACUAAUAAUCUAGAGUCUAGAGGUGGUUUUUUUUCAACAUUUAUUCGGAAGGACCGUUCAAACGGGCUAAAAAUUACUUGAAGAACUCGGCAGUAAUUAUAGUGGGUUUUAUUUACGGGUUGUGAUUUCCAACCAUGGCUAUGCUUGACGUUUCCUCAGAGUCCCCGACUUUGAGGAGAGGAAUUUACCGCUUUGGGGAUUUACCUUGAACCCAAAAUGGCAUGUUUUAAAAACUUUAGUCUUAAUUACACUACGGGUUCGGAUAUUAACGGAACAAAUCCUUUCACUGACUACAGACACACUAGAAAGCCUCGAUGCACUUCCUCUGUCCGUUCUUAGUAUUUAAUGGUCUCAUGAGCUUACGUUUACUGAUUUGUGCCUUGUUCUGUUAAUCUGGGUCAUCCUGAUCUCUCUCGCUGAUGACUCAGAUGGAGGGAACCCUUCGCCUCUAGGCUUCCAGAGCCCUUACUCUCUCAGGAUUUCCUCUCUUGCCGAUGAGUCAUCUACGUUAUGGGCUUUAUUUACUCAGCUUCCUCGGGUAGGCGACACCGCACGCCGUUUCUCUUCAUCACCGUGUAUUUAGCUCGUAAAAUCUGAAGGUUACCGCGCUCUCCAUGCGCUGAUUUAUCGCUAAUUCACACAGCAAAAUCCGUGGAUCGGCGGCUCGUCUCGAGCGAAAAGCCUUCCGGACGCGUCCUUCUUUCUGUUCUGUGCUGUCUGUCGGGGGUUUUAUGUGGAAAAUGUGAGCGAGCGUGCGUGUGCGGGAACUUCUGACCAAGCACGGUCUGUCCAAUAUGCGUUCUCUGGAGGGAAAAUAAACCCCCCAAACAAUACCAUUCGUGUUUUAGGUUCUGAAUAAAUCAAGUGUUUAGUUUUCAUAAGUACGUCAGUCGUCGGGUGUAAAUGUUCAGACGGGAGAAAAUUGUACGCACCGGGGUUGAUUGGAGAUCCUUCGUCUGACUCUUUAGUCAACCUGCACCGUCAAGCAUCAAGCCUCAGACUAAUAUUAGCAUGCAGACGGAUGAUCACCUGGGAUUAAUCCUUAAACUUGAACCAUGUCUGGAAAAACUUCACAAAGCUGUCAGAAGAUAGAGACUUUAAAUCUAUUCUCUCUCUCUCUCUCUCUCUCUCUCACACACACACACUCUUCAGUGUCAGUAUGGCAGCCAGAAUUGCGUUAAUCAUCUUAAAAACGUCUCCUCUUUGCUCUCCAUCACACCUGUACAAUAGGAUGCCGUCAGAGUUUUUUUCCCUCCUGCUUUAAAUGAGUUUCUUCUGUAAGUCUGAUCUUUUUUAAUGGCGUACAGCUGAUCUGAACGAAGUGGAUAUAAAAUUUUAAAAAGGGGUUGUUACUUUGAACGAUUAUGAUCGAAUCGUAAUGGCUGACCUUUUUAAAUCCCUAAUGUUCGGCGUGCGUAUGAAGCGCACCAAAGCAACGUGGACUCAUUUUACGACGAGCCGACGUUUAAUUGAUGCGCGCGUUAUCCGAUGGAAGUGCUCGACCUUGACGUUUAUUAAGAAGAAGAAGGAAAAGCGGAGCACACGAUGCGUAUAAACUGCGAAGCGGACGUGGGAAUGAAAAAACGAAAAUGACGUACUCGGGACUCUCGUUCGCAGUAAAAUCCUACAUCCGAGACCACGAGGACUACGAGGCUUUGUUUUUUUUUUUCUUUCUCGUCCGUGUGCGAGUGCAAAUAAAUGCCUUUAUAUGAGUUAUGAAGUUAGGAAAACCCACCAACUUGUUACACGCUGUCAGAUAUUUCCAUAGGACCCAUGUGGCUUUCUACGCUUCCCUGAAAACGGGAAAAUAAAUCAAUAAAGUACUCCGAGUACUGAGGGAUAUUAAACCAAGGCCUGAGUAAUGCGUGUGGAAUCCGUGGCAAAAAAAUAAAUAAUCCUUUGAACCUGCAUACAUCAAAAACACGGAUGGCCGGAGACGGACACGGAGACAGGGAGAGAGACUGUUUUGUCUGCAAAAUUUUCAAUAUGCCCCGAAGUGGAUUUCAUAUUCUAUUUUCAGAUCCAGCCGUGCAAAAGCUGCGUGCUCAGACCUUGGCUGACCGUCGGCUCUGUCUCGUAGAGAUCGACCGGCUCGCACGUUCUAUUGAUAUCCUAUCAGAGCCGGGGGACGGUGGGGAGCGAUGUCUGUCUGUCAGGGGGAAAAAAACAAACAAAAAAAAAACACGCCAAACUGACAGGAAAUGAACUCCGCCAGCCAAAACACACCACGCUGUUUAAUGUUUCGUUGUUUUAUUAUUGUUUUUUUGUUUGUUUAUCUUUUAACACUUUCUUGAUGGCGCUGAAGGGGUUUUUUUUUUUUUUCCCCCCGCCCUCACCUUUUCUCACAAACGUCUGUUGGAAUGUUUUAUUUCUCUCCGCUGUGAUAAACAAUCCGUCACCAGAACCCGUCUUCCCGGCGGCUUGAAGGUCACAGGAGUUGCAGCCUGGCCUCACAGCCGCCACCAUGGGAAAAACAAGCGCGCUCUAUCUCUCGCGCUCUCUCUCUCUCUCUCUCUCUCUCUCUCUCUCUCUCUCUCUCUCUCUCUGUGUCUCUCUCUGUCUCUGUCUCUCUCUCUCUCACUGUCUGACUGCCAUGUCAGCGUUUUCAUUAACGUAGUUAUGGAGGGCGCCUUCCAUUUUUCCAAAACACGCUCAGACACCGAGACUCUGAUUACAAUCUCUCUGCUGUGGUAAUCAUUUUCAAAUAUGAUUACUCUCUCUUUUUUCUGUCUCGUUCUCUCUCUCUCUCUCUCUCUCUCUCUCUCUCUCUCUCUCUCUCUCUCUCUCUCUCUCUCUCUCACAGCCUCUCUGUGUCAGGACACUCUGAACCACGGACAGCUUGUCUGAGCACAGGGGACAAUAAAUAAAUAAAUAAAUAGAAGAUGCUUGGUGUUCAGAGAUUAAAAACGGCUAUUAUUCCUGUUGUCAGUUAUUUCCAAGGCCUUAAUAAAUGACACCGAAAGGCUUUUGAGGCAUCCUUUUCUGCUGGGGUUUUAUUUUAUGUUUUUUUUUUUUUUUUUGUAUUAUUAUUGAACUUUUUAAUUAUUAUUCUAUUUUUAUUUUGUACUUUUUUUUAUUUAUUUAUUUGUUUAUUUGCUAGAGAUUUUUUUUAUUCUUCUAUUUCUGUCAUUUGUUCGUUACUAAAUUAUGAUUUUGAAUUAUUAUUACUACGUUUUCAUCAUUUGACAUUUAUUUAUUAUCUGUAAUGUUUAUUUUUAUUAGUGAUUUUAUAAAUCAAUAAACUAGUGAACUAUUUGCAAUUUUGUCAGGAUAUCGAACAAAGCAGAUGUUCACGUACUUUUACCACUUACAGAUGUGUAAUAUUGGAUCAUUUUCCUUAAUAAAUAAAUGACUAAG